CGUCAAGUUCGUGUUUAUUCCUUGUCCCAAAAGGGUAAUAGUGGUAACAUUCAGUUUAGUUCAGUUCGGUUCAGUCAAUUCCGGUUCCAAGUUUACCUUCAGCUUUGCCCAGUAACUAUACUUCCAGGCUUUAAUCACCACCAAUGCAAGGCUGCACUCUCCAUUAUUGCCUGAUAAUUGGCUGAUGCGACAAUCGCAUUCUCCUCUUUCCCCUCCAUCGUCUUGUUCGACUCUUCUUCCUAGUCCCUACACGUCUUGCUCCCCCCCCCUCCACCUCGAGGCGCGUCGCGUUCAGCUUCAAUUAAUGGUUUUAAACAUUAUCCAGUACAUCUACAGAAAUCUUAAGCAUGAUGAAGUCAGUCCCUCACGAUGGUUGCACAACCUGGAAACCACCGUAGCCCCCACUGAUCUUCUGUUCUCUUCAUCCCUUCAACGCGUUGCCCAUCACGACCCCCUUCCUUUGUCGUCUCGUCGCGUCUGCACCACCAUUUCUCCUCCUCCACUCCUUCGGCUGCUCCAUAGCGCUCGCUGGCUUGGCAACUCUGUCGCGUGUCCGUCAAUAGUGGACCACGUCGACAUCGACUCCAUCCCAUUGGCUCACCAGCUGCAUCCCUUGAAUGCGGCGCUAUUGCCGGCGGCUACCAGCCCAUCAUCCCAUCCUCAUCUUCCGCAGUAUACUCAUAGUUCCCACGGCCACAAUACAGUCCCUCUCCUCGCCUAGCACCUAGCACCACCAGUUUCAACCUCUCCCAAACUCUCAAUUGCAUUACCGCUGAAACACGGACAGCCCCCAAAUAAAGAUCCUUACUCGCUGCUCCUCGAGCAUCCCACCUAAUGUUCUAUAAUUAUCACCACUUGACAUUUCAUUU